AUGCAUCCUCUGAAUUCCCGUGAAAGAAGGUCGCUUUCGAAGGCUGCAUUUGGAGUGUCCUACUCACUUUUCUGAAACGAGACGGCCUCGAUGACGUAUGCGGCCGACAAAUGCGACCUGCGGAGGAUGCAGCCUUCCAAACGAGACACAGCCAUUGAUUCCCGACCCGCACCCUUAAUUUUUCCAUGUUUCAUCAAACAAUAGCGGUUCACCCGUCGGGACCCGCCCAUGUGUAGGUCUCUGAGCUAGAUGUACAUUGUGUCACACACACAAUGGCUAAAUGUGUGCCGUGUGUGUGUUCAGGCGGAACCACUGAGGGCGGUAAAAGAAGAGGGAAAUGUAAAGAGUGGCUCUCUGAGGCGGCGCUGUUGCUUAUAGCUGUUAACAUGACACCCACAGCUAAUUCAUCUGUGCCCUAUGAAAAAGUGUUUCAUUUGUACAUAUAACAAAGAAAUUUAUUCAAUAUGGAUUACUUACGAGAUCAGAGUAUAAAUCAGGACUCUCCGUCCAAACAGAGUUAUGUUGGCAAUUUUCACAUGCCCCCGGAGAAGCUGUCAAGGCCCCUGUACAUGAACACAGUGACACAUCCAGUGGACAGAAAGAGCUCAAGUGUACAGGAAAUCAGUCCACAGCUUUAUCGAACAGUACCUGAUGCUGGAAGCAGAUCAGUGAUAGCAGCUCUAAAGACACUGCAGGAGAAGAUGCGACGUUUGGAGCUGGAGAGAGUUCAGGCAGAGAAGAACGUCCAACACUUCUCUCAGGCUGCUCAACACAAGGCUGACCUUUCUGCAUGGAGAGAACAGAAGAACAUCACCAGAGAGAAUGACUCCACACAGAGGAAAGAGCUAGUUUCCAAGCUUCGCUCAGCAGAAACACGCUGCUCUUUGCUGGAAAAACAGCUUGACUAUAUGAGGAAAAUGGUGGAAUGUGCAGACACAGACAGAAUCACUCAGACAGGGAGACAGGAGACUAUGUGUAAGGAGAGCACACAUACAGACAUACAAAUACAGGCCCAGCUUAACAAAUUGGAAAAACUGGAAAAAGAGUAUCUGAAACUCACCAGUACACAGUCUAUCGCUGAGAGGAAGAUUGAGCUCUUAGAACAGAAACUCUUAGAGGAGGAGCAUGAACGCAAGCUUGUGCAGGAGAAAGCAGAGGAGUUACAGAGAGAGCUUGAGAACAAUCUCUUCUCCCUUUCUGCAACUACUCAACCCAAAGGCAAGAAGAAAAAGAAGAAAGACAAGGCCUCUUGCAAGAAGUCCCCCUCAGUGAAGAUGGAGGUACCCCCCCCUCAGUAUCCCCCUAAGGCUAAAUGCCUACCGUUUGUGGCUGGAACAUCGACCAGUCCUAGCCACUCGGUCAAUGUCAAUGUCCAAAGUGUGUUACAUAUAAUGAAACACAGGAACCCAAGGCUUUGUGAGAGAGUUAGUGCUCUACAGAAGUUGGGUUCUGAGAACCAUCAGGCCCAACACAGACCCCCAUCCUCCCUCAGCAAAGCAGCCUCUGCUCUGGGUAGCAUCUCUGAAAUUCUGCUCGCCCUUCAGGAUGAACUGGGACAGAUGAGCUUUGAACACCAGGAGCUGGUCAGGCAGAUUGAUGAGACCGCUAAACGAGAGCUCAGGGAGGAUCUGGAACGAGAGCUGGACUCUCUGGUCAAAAAAAUGGAAGAUAAAGUUGCACAGAUCUCCAAACUGCGCAAACACCAGCAAACAGUUCAGAUACUCUCCCAGCCAUCCUCCAGCCCCAAACAGAAGCUACUUAGGACAGCCAGUGUAGAAGGUAAUACUAGUGCACAAACUGGGGUACAAGCCUUGCCACCAUCCCCAGUUAAAGCCUCACCCAACAAGUCACAGAAACAAACCAGAGCCAACCAGGAACACCUGAGGUUUCUCAGAGAGAGACAGAGACUAUGCUCCAGCCUCCGCAGAAAGGACAUCACCUGGGAAACAUAGUGUGGUUUUAUUGUCCUGAAACACCAAUUCUGGUUUUUAAAGAAGAGUCAGAGCUUAAAGCAACAGGAAACAGAAUGACACCUAAUUGCCCUUGAAAGAAGAUCAGAUAGCAGUGCAUUAAUCUGCAUCUAAUUGUGGGAUUGUUGUAAGUCCACACAAGAUUUGUGCUCAACUCAACUUUAAAUUACUGUAAUGAGAUUUUUAUUUCUGUUCUGGAUAUUUUGCUGUUUUAAUAUGUAAAUAAAAUUUUAAGUACAGAGUAGCAUGACCCAAUGAGCAAUUUAUGGUUAUCAAGUCAUCAUGUGGCUUAUCUUUUAAUGUUUAAGACUUGCAUCAUUACUGUUACAGUAAUUGUUUGAAAUCCACUCCCUGCAUUUGAAGAUCUAGAAUUAGCAGUAAGAACAUGCAGAAACUUUAGCAUAUGGAUUAAUACAUAUAAGAAACAAUAAGUGACUUUGUAAAAUGAUAUAUAUAUAUAUAUAUAUAUA